AUGAUUGCAGACACCUCUUCUAUAGCCGGUUACACAAUCUUCCGGGAAGAGCCCAGCGAUACCGUUCCAAAUCUGUCUACUCAGCAUCGAGUACAUCCUCUGGAUCAGCUAUCGAUUGAAGAGAUUCAGCUUGCUGCGAAACUCAUCAAGAACUAUGCUAGUCCCAAGGAGCUCAAAUUCAACUGCCUGACUUUGCGCGAGCCCAAGAAGAACGAAUACGCUGCCUUCAAGUCUGGUCUCGGCCCUCGCCCUGAACGCCGCGCCUUCGCCAUUGUCAUCACCAAGGGAACUUCCCAGGUGACUGAGGUUGUUGUCAACUUGGAAAGCACUCAGGUGGAACUGUGGAAGGAUGUCGCGGAUGUUGCCCCGACUCUCACCUUGGAGGAUCUAGACAUCUGCGAGACCGUCACUCGAGCUGACCCUCGCGUCAUUCAAGCUUGCCGCGAAAUCGGCAUCUAUGACAUGUCAAAAGUCUUUAUCGACGCGUGGGCCAUUGGGUUCGAUCAUCGAUGGGGUACCGAUCGCCGCCUUCAGCAGGGCAUUGUCUACUAUCGCAAUUCUCCCGACGACAACCAAUACGCCCACCCGUUGGACUUCUCGGUCGUCGUCGACACUGAAAAGGCCGAAGUUCUCUCCGUCGACAUCCGACUGGUCAACGGCGAGCGCACCAAGGUGUCUCUCCAGGAGCACAACUACUUGCCCGAGUUCAUCAGCAAUGGCUACCAGGACAGGCUCAAGCCCAUCGACAUUAGCCAGCCGCAGGGCGUUUCUUUCCGCAUGGACGAGAACGAGAUCUCAUGGGCGGGAUUGAAGAUGCAUAUUGGCUUCAACUACCGUGAGGGUAUUGUUCUGUCCGACGUCAGGAUUGACGAUGAGGGCCGUGAGCGAAGCCUCUUCAACCGCAUCAGCGUGGUCGAGAUGGUGGUACCCUAUGGCAAUCCGGACCCUCCGCACCAACGUAAGCACGCUUUCGACGUGGGCGAGUAUGGCACUGGCUUCAUGACCAAUUCCCUCAAGCUCGGAUGCGACUGCAAGGGAGCGAUUCACUACAUGGAUGCCAUCAUGGCUGUUGGGAGCGGUGAAGCGGCUAUCGUCAAGAAUGCCAUUUGCAUUCACGAGGAAGACAAUGGCCUGCUUUACAAACAUACCGAUUACCGCGACGGUACCGUCAUCUCAGCCCGCGACCGCAAACUCAUCAUCUCGCAGAUCAUCACAGCUGCGAACUAUGAGUACUGCUUCUACCACACAUUCCUCCUGGAUGGUACCUACAAGCUGGAAGUCAAGUUGACAGGUAUGCUCAAUACCUACUGUAUGCACCCCAGUGAAACGGCGGCCCCAUACGGUACAGAAGUCGCCCCGUUCAUCAACGCCCACAACCACCAGCACAUUUUCUCUCUGCGUGUGGACCCAGAAGUCGAUGGGCCCAACAAUUCAGUCCUGCAGAAUGAUGCGGCGCUUUCCGAUGAUCCUCUCGGGUCCCCUGGCAAUCUCUAUGGUAACGGCUUCUACUGUAAGAAGACACCCAUCCGAAAUGCCGGUGGCGCCGACUAUUGCCAUGAGACAGGCCGCUCUUGGGACAUCAUCAACCCCAACAGCAUCAAUCCCGUGGCUAAGAAGCCUGUCGCCUACAAGAUUCUCAACAACAACUGCCCUACCAUACUCGCUAAGCCUGGAAGCAUGGUAGAGAAGAGAGCUGCCUUCACCCGUAAGGCGCUCUGGGUCACCCCGUAUAAGGACUAUGAACUGUUUCCAGCGGGUGAUUAUGUAUGCCAAUCGAGCGGCGAUGAGGGCCACCCGCAUAACUCAACAAUUGUGGACUGGGUCAGCAAGAAGGAGCCGGUUGAGAAUACCGACAUCGUCUGUUACAUCCAGUUCGGCCUGACACACUUCCCGCGCACCGAGGAUUUCCCGGUCAUGCCAGCUGAGCCUGUUGGGGUCAUGAUCAGAGCCUCCAACUUCUUCAAGAAAAACCCAGCUCUGUGGGUGCCGCCUUUCAUUGUUGCCGUGGACAAGACAUCCAAGAACGCAUUUGCCAAGUCGGAGCCCGCCGAGUCGUGCUGUGGCACCAGAGACAGCAAAUUGUGA